CCGCACAUGUGGUUUUCGUGGGAUGCGCCAUCUUGGUAAACGACACGUGAGGGCGCACUAACGUUAAAAAUCAUUUUUACGUACACAAAAAGAUGGUGCUGGGACAGACGUGCUGCCGCGCUGUGUUGAGCUAUUGGCACAAUCACCGACUCUAAGCUAUCCCAUGAGAUGCACUCCCGCCUAUCCAAGCUUCGUUCCAUCAACGUCGCAUAAUCCCAGCUCAACACAGCCACCGAUCCUGAGAGAAGUUGGUACACAGAGACACCUAACCGUACCAAACGCUGACGAUCAGAGAAAGAGAGUUUCUAUUUGAAAUAGGAGUUUACUACAGUCUGCGACAAACAGCCCAGAAGUUGAACUCUGUUUGUUGAUUUUUUUACAAGCAAAAAGACAAGUUGCAGAUUGCCAGGAUCGUGUACCUAUACGGCAGCCGUCAAGGACGGGCAAAGAGUUUUUCAGAGGAAAACUCUUUUGAAAGCGGGGAAAACCUUGCUUCGUCCCAAGAUCUCGUCAGAGUCAGUCUGUCAUUAUGGCAUCCAGCCCAUCUUGGAAGAGACUAAAUUCCCAAGACUCCCCUGGAAUGAUCAAGCCCUUCCGUCCAGCCAACCACCAACUGAACCGAGCAGCCAGCUUUCCACCCCAGAAUGGUGCAUCCUAUAGAGAAACUGGAAUGAUAGAGAAAAUGUUGGGUUCCUAUGGAUUCAUUACAUGCUGUGACCGAGAGGGUCGUCUGUUUUUCCAUGGAAGUCACUACGAUGGUAACAUGGAGAACCUAAAAAUAGGGGACCCGGUAGAAUUUGAGACCAUCCCCGACUGUCGGACCGGUAAACCCAUCGCUAGCAAGAUCAUCAAACUCAGCCCAGGGACCAUCUCCAACGAACUUAUUUCCGAAGAGACGUUGUCGGGCCUCGUCGUGCAGGAAGCUAAGCCAAGCCGGCUGAAAACACCAGCCGGUUGUCCAACGACUGCAGAAUACGGACAAGUUGCCUAUGAAAUAAACGGCGAAAGCUUCUUCCUUGCAUACGGGAUUGAAGACAUGUACGACAAAGGGCGCCCUCUCAAGAAAGGCGACAAGGUGUCGUUCUUUCUUGCUACUGACAAAAGAAAUGGCAACGUACAGGCUCGUAGGAUCCGCAUGGUGGAACCAGUCCAGGUGCCGAUGUACCAAGGCGUGGUCUGCUCCAUGAAGGAGUCCUUUGGAUUCAUCGAGAGAGCUGACGUCGUCAAAGAGAUUUUCUUUCACUACAGCAGCUUCACAGGGGACAUCAACGACCUUCUACUUGGGGAUGACGUGGAGUUUGAAGUCGGAUAUAGAAAUGACAAAGAAGUAGCCAUCAACAUUAAGAAACUGGCCACCGGCACUGUCAUCUUUGAGGACAUCGGCGACAAGUUGGAGGAAGGGACCAUCUCCAAGACCAUCCCUCGCUUCACAACCAAGAAAACUAACGACCCAUUCCCCGGCAAACUCAUCUACGUCCUGGAAGAUGGAGGUAAACGUGAGCUUUCCUACGGAGACAAAGACAUACUGAAUGCAUACACACUCUGCGUCGGCGACAUUGCCAAGUUUAACAUCGCGACCGACAAACGCGACCAUCUACAGAGAGCCACCAAUCUGGAGUUGUCGGAGAAGACCUUUAAGGAAGGAAAAGAGGUCCGGGAAACGGGUAUCAUCGCAGCAGUCAAGGAUGGCUUUGGAUUUAUCAAGUGUGUGGAUCGAGACGCCAGGAUGUUCUUUCAUUUCAACGAAAUGCUGCAUUCUGGUGACAUCCACAUAUCGGAUGAAGUGGAAUUCUCUGUCAUGACGGACCCAACUCAGCCCCAGCGGCAGAUUGCUACUAGGAUCAAGAAGCUCCCCAAAGGCACCGUCACUUUCCAAAUAGUCCUACCCCAGCGCCUGAAGGGAUCGGUGGACAAACUGCCUGAUAACUUGUGGGGGCGCAGCCCGGGUAAAAAUCGCGACCACACGCCAGAACUGGGCAGCAUCAGCUACCAAGAUAACGGAAGUACAAAGUCCGUCAAAUUUCACGCCAAGGAUACGGACGUGCGCAUCCCACCAGAUCUGGGUGAUGAGGUGGAAUUCAACAUUGCCGAGGUGAAGAGAGAUGGGUCUCGCCUAGCUGUCACCAUCGUGGUGCUGAACCGUAGCGCUAAGACCAGCAAGCAAGGCUACAUCGCUGUCUUGAAAGAGAAGUUUGGAUUUAUAGAAGCAGACGAUCACGACCACGAGGUUUUCUUUCACUACAGCGAAUUUUCUGGCGAUGUGAACGAUCUGGAGGUUGGAGAUGAAGUGAGUUACUCUCUCAUCCGCAAAGGACCAAAGAUCAGCGCUGAGGAGGUCACUAAGCUACCCAAGGGAACCAUCCCUGUAGAGCCCAAGAAGCCGGGUGUUCUCCAAGGUAAAGUCAUUCGUCCGUUGAGGAACAUCGACCCUCAGCAAGCUGAAUAUAACGGUCUCAUUCAAGUCAUUAACGAAGAUGAGAGCGAGGGCGCUGUUUACCCCUACUGCAUCGUCAGCCUAUCAGACAAGCACGACUUCCUACAGAGAGGCGACCCGGUGCAGUUUCAGCUUUGCUCGUCCGUAGACAACGGCAAGGAGUGGGCCUGUAACGUGGUCGCCAUCAGGAAGAUUCUGCGCACUCAUGUGGACUGCAUCAAGGGACAUUUUGGUUUCUUGAACUACGACCCCGGCGAAGGCAAGAAGCUGUUCUUUCACAUGAGUGAGGUACAGGACGGAUUCGACUUGCACCCCGGAGACGAGGUUGAAUUUGUGCUGAUCCAGAAUCAACAAAAUGGCCGCCACAGUGCCAUCAACAUCCGUCGACUCAGCGAGAUCCAACGUCCAGGACACCUCAGUCGUCUCAAGAGUAUGCCAAGUGAGGAGAAAGGACCGCGUAUGAUCGCCACCAGAGUACCCAGAGGUCCCGAUGGAACCAAAGGAUUCAGCCUUGCCCGCACAACCCAAAAUGGAGACAACGAAAAGGAAAUCUAAAAAGAAAGUUCCUAAAAUCCUCAAUCCGAAAAAGGGUUUUCAGUUUUGUGGAAUGGUUUUGUAGUUGUGAGUUGUAAUUUUGGGAGUAGGGUUGAAAAAGGUCAAGCUUGCGUGCUGGCUGACGGGACUGAUAUUUCGAAGUUGAAGAAUUGGGGAAGACGGAACAUCAUUGUGAGGGUUUAUGGGGUUUGUUUUAAAAACUCAUGAAAAGUAAAUGUGAUGCAGAAUCCCGGUGAAAAUGUCUUUGAGUUGAUAUGCAAAUAGACAUUUGUUGUCGUGGUUGAGUGAAAAAUACCAAUUCAACUUUCAGACCAACUGAGUGUUGAAGCAAGGUAGAAAACGUGAAGAAAAAAAAUAUAAAAACUUAUGUACGAAAAAGCAAAGAAAAAACAACAAAAUAUUGAAACGAAAUCUGACAAAUAAAAAAAAAAAAGAAGAAAAACUUACAAAAAAAAAGAAAAAAAAAAAACCAAGAAAAAUUUAACCAAAUAAAAAUUAACCAAAAAAAAAAAAAAAAGAAAGAAAAAGUUAGAUAUUUACAAUGAAUUAAGAAGGAAAAGAGGACUACUGCCAAGAAGGUAUUAUUGUGAAGAAGUAUUAAAUUAAAAGAAUGAAUAAUACAUUUUU